UUCGUCGUGCAUGGUGGAUGUCUAUUUACAUUUUUAUUGUGGGGUCCAACCCCCGACCAGUUGAUGGUGUUUUACGUCCUAGCAGCGAUAUGGGGGAUGGGAGAUGCUGUUAUCGAAACACAGAUUAACGCACUUUAUGGAUGUCUGUUUACGGAAAACACCGAAGCAGCUUUCGCCAACUAUCGUCUUUGGGAGUCGUUUGGUUUUAUGCUGACGUACGCCUACAAUGACUUUCUCUGUGCAGACGUAAAACUCUACAUCUGUGGUGGUUUUCUCGUCGUGGGAAUGGCGUGUUACAGCGUCGUGGAGAUCACGGAGAGACGACGGGUAGUCACUCGGAACUCUUCCGUCAAUGCUGCUAAUCAAACCUCGGACGCAGAACAGACGACAAUAUGUUAACAUCUUGGCGAUAUGUUUACAUCUGAUUGCAGAUGAAUAUCAUUGCAUCAUAAUUUGUGUAAAAUAUAUAGAGGAUAUUUUAUGUUUGCAAACUUCACGAGAUGAGAUAUAAAUCAUAUUUGACAAAAAACAUGAAAUUUUCUAUUUAUUAUAUAACUUUUGGCAAUUUACCUCUAUUUUUAAAAUGGCAGCAGCAAAAUAGUUCCGGGUUUCUUGCAGUGAAUAUAAAACUUUUACAAUGACGAUAACACAUUUUAGAGUGAAAUAGUGAAAUUUUCACUCUAAAAUGU